CAGACCGUUCGGGUUCGGGUUAUUAUUUUGCCCAGGCCAUGUUUCUUCUUGGUGUUAGAGACGAACGACACGAUUGUUCGUUCGUACGUCAGGAGUCGCCCGGUAACUGAAAAAAAAAAAAAAAAAGAGAAAGGAGAAGCUUUUCUGGAAGAUCAAAGAACGCCAAAUCAGAAUUGUGAUUCAAAAUUUUAGGAGUCUUUUAAGUUUUUGCAUCACAAUCUAAUUUCGUGUUACUUCGAUCUGGGUUCGUCCAAGGUAUGCCAAAUCGGCGCAAAUUUAUCAACCUUUUGAUCUUUUAUAAUCAAUCUUUUGUUUCAGGAAUUGUCAUAUGAGAUUUUACUAUGAAUCGCUCAGCGCAAACUUUAGUGUUAAUAAUAGGUAACGUUGCUAAUUUUUUUUUGUUUUCAUAAUCUAAUUCUCGUCAAAUGAAUAAAAAUAAUUUGCUAGUGGGGAAUGAUCAAUUCAUUUAUAGAGGAUUUGUUAGCAGGAAAACUGAAGUAUAUAAUAAGAGUAAUCAAGUAUGUUUGCUUAGCUAAAAUUAUGUAAGCAGUUUUGUGUCUUGCUGGGGUUUUGGCCAAUUCUUUUUAAAAAGAGCUCAUUAGUAUUGUUGUUCUAUAUAUAAACUAUUUUAAAGCUUCUUUUUGGAGGUCAUUUCUUAUCUUGACCCCUCUUAGAGAUAUUUAUUAUUGUUGUUGUCCUUUGAACCGUCCUUUGCUUAUUCUUUUGUCAAUCGUUCGCUAUCUUGUUGGUAUCAUCAAGGUUUUUUAUCACCUGCUCCUUUGGAAUUUACUUCUUUGUAUUGGUGUUUUUUUGAAGAUCCUAGAGAAACUUAAAAUAGGUUUCCUGACGUCACUAGUUUCUCUCUCUCUCUCUCUCUCUCUCUCUCUCUCUCUCUCUCUCUCUCUGAUAUCACAAUGCCAGUAGUUGCAUGUUGUUCCCCCUCACAUUGCGUUUUAGAGGCCGAUGACAAAAAUUUAAUUGUGAAUGCAUAGGUUGUGACAAAAAGGGAUUUUGUUUUCAACACCUUAUUUAAAAGCUGAUUUCAGAAUGAGAUUUAUAUCUUUGGUAUAAAAUUUUGGAUGGUAGUUCUCGGAUUCUGUUCUACUGGUGCAGCAGUUGGUACACUAUGUCAUCCGCUGCUACUAUUUAAGUUCCUAUGAUUCUCAAACUCAUUCUCUCUCUGUCUCAACGGUCAUAGUGUUUAGUCUUUACCUUCUAAAUUACUUAAGAAAUGGCAGCGAAUGAUGUCCCUUGCUGUGAAACUAUGUUCUGGGUGUAUCUACUCGUAUGUGUUGUUCUAGUGGCUUUUGCAGGUUUAAUGUCAGGAUUGACUCUUGGGCUCAUGUCCCUUAGUCUUGUCGAGCUCGAGGUCAUGAUCAAAGCUGGUGAACCCCAUGAGCGCAAAAACGCUGAAAAGAUUCUGCCACUCGUUAAAAACCAGCACCUUCUCUUGUGUACUCUCCUCAUAGGCAAUGCUUUGGCUAUGGAGGCUCUACCGGUCUUUGUCGAUUCCCUACUUCCAGCUUGGGGUGCUGUCCUGAUAUCUGUGACUCUCAUACUUGCAUUUGGCGAGAUUAUACCUCAAGCUGUAUGCUCUCGGUACGGACUGAGCAUCGGGGCAAAGCUAUCGAUUUUGGUUCGGUUGAUUAUCAUAAUCUUCUUUCCAUUAUCUUAUCCAAUCAGCAAGCUACUCGAUUUGCUGCUUGGAAAAAGACAUUCUACACUUUUAGGACGAGCAGAGCUCAAAUCACUUGUCUAUAUGCACGGAAACGAGGCUGGAAAAGGUGGGGAACUGACUCACGAUGAAACAACAAUCAUAUCAGGAGCUCUGGACAUGUCUCAGAAGAGUGCUAAAGACGCAAUGACACCGGUCUCUGAGAUAUUCUCACUCGACAUAAAUUCUAGGCUAGAUGAAAAGACAAUGGGAUUAAUAGCAAGUGAAGGCCAUAGCCGAAUCCCAAUUUACUCUGUGAAUAGUAGUGUUAUCAUCGGAUAUAUUCUGGUCAAGAACUUGAUCAAAGUCCGUCCUGAAGACGAGACACAGAUCAGAGAUCUCCCUAUCAGAAGAAUGCCCAGGGUCAAUUCGAAUCUACCUUUAUACGACAUCCUCAACAUCUUCCAAACGGGUCGAAGCCACAUGGCUGCUGUUGUUGGGACCAAGAACUAUACUAAUACUAACACUCCUGUCCAUGACAAGAGCAUCAAUGGAACGCCUAAUAAAGAUGCCAACGUUGUUCCUGUGAUGAACUCCAGCGAAACUAAUUGUCAAAGUCCAGUCCAAUACAUUGACAAUAUUGCUGAUGGUAAUGAAGAAGUCAUUGGGAUUAUAACUCUGGAAGAUGUUAUGGAGGAACUAAUACAGGAAGAAAUAUAUGAUGAGACAGACCAAUACAUCGAACUUCAUAAGAGGAUAACAAUAAACAUGCCAAUAUCGGGAAAUUCGCCGGAAAAUGCCACUUGGGCUUCGGAGCUGGCAUCUCCGGUCUCUCCCUAUCGCUCAAGUCCUCUGUCUCCGAGCAUCAUGAUCUCUAAGCUGCUCCGGUCACCAAUAAAUUCACCUUACCGUCAGUCUCCGAUUCUCCGGCCAGCACUACACGCUUCUCCACCGUCACAACCUCCUCCCGUGCUCUCUCCGCACAGUAAUGAGCGUUAUUACUAUUUGUCACCUGGUGUCAAGGAAAUCAUAUGAAAAGCUAUAAAUUGAAGAAAAAUGAAUUUAUAAUGUUAUGACGACUCAUUCCAUGUUCUUAAAAAAAAUCAGAACAUGCGGUAUUAUAUUCAUGAAAAGAAGAAAAAGAAAUAAAGAAGGAUAAAAUAGUAUGAAAAUGUGUGGUUA